AUGUUCCAAAGCUCUCCACGGCAGUCCAAAGAGGGCCUCCAAGCUGCAGAAGCCAACCCCGUCUCCCCAAUGCAGCACCCGAACGUUGAGGAGAGCAAACUGAAAGCUGCAACCGUCUCUCAGGAGCAGGAAAUCAGCUCCCCUCAAAUUACCAAGAGACAACGCAAACUACUGAAAACAAGUCCUCAGAUCAUUCACAGCAAAAAUGUCUCACUAACUUCUCCUCCUGGUUCUACUCUAGAAGAAAGCUCUACUAACCUCUUCAGGAUAGUAGAAACACGGAAGCAGGUAAUGAAGAACAUGUGUGCAAAAUAUAAAAGCGGCAUCUCCAGGACAAUCACCCCUAAUCAUGUGAAGUACAUAUAUGUGGAGGAUAAAUACAAAGUACUGUACUGUGAGGUGCCCAAAUCAGGUUGUUCCAACUGGAAAAGAACCCUUAUAGUGCUGUCGGGAAAGGCAUCCAACCCGGACAGUCUUAAACAUGAACAGGUACACUACGGAGGGUUCCUCAAGACCCUAAACAGGUACGACCAAAAGGAAAUCAUGCACCGUCUCCAAACCUAUAAAAAAUUCAUGUUUGUGCGCGAGCCCCUCGAUAGAGUCGUCUCGGCAUACAGGGACAAGUUUGAGAAUCCCAACGACUACUACCACAAACUGUUUGGAAAACCCAUCAUAUCAAAGUACAGGGUGACCCCAUCUGCAGAAGCCCUUCAAACUGGCAAUGGGGUAACAUUCAAGGAGUUUGUCCAGUACUUGCUGGAUGGCCACCGGCCGGUGGGAAUGGACAUCCACUGGGAGCAGAUGAACAAGCUCUGCCACCCCUGUCUCAUAGACUACGACCUGAUCGGUAAGUUUGAGAACAUGGAGGAGGAGUCUGACUUUCUCCUGCGGAUGAUCGGAGCACCGCAAACCCUGAAGCUACCUAGUUUUAAAGACAGGAAUCCAAAAGAUGCACGGACCUCUAAAGGAAUCACAGAAAGAUACUUUUCUCAACUUAGCUUAAUGGAGAGACAGAGAGUUUAUGACUUCUACUACAUGGACUAUCUGAUGUUUAACUACUCCAAGCCUUUUAAUGAUCUUUACUAAUCUGUCAUGUGCCAUUGCUCUGUAAUCAGUUACAUUCCACAUCUGCAUCUCUACAGUGAUAUUGAUCUUAACCACAAAAACAUAAUUAGUCAUAUCAUUUGGUACCAAAUUGACACAAAUGUUUUUUUCUUUUUCAAAGUUUUAGACUUUAUGGACUUGGAAAUCCUAGAUUAAGUGGAAUUUGUAAUAGAUGUAGGUAGUUAUGGGCAAUAGAAAUUAGAGUGCUCUUAAAAAAAACUACUGUUUUUAUUAAAUGAAAAUAUCCUGAGUAAAUCAGAAGGCAGUUUGAAAGUGCAUUGAGAAAAAAGAAAAAAGCUAUCUAAACCAACUGUGAUUUCCAAAAAAUGAAUUUCUGCAUUUGUUAAAUGAUGAACUGACUAUGUCGAAGCCAUGCCCUGAUACUGUCAAUCCCAGAGAACAAAAACCUUUCUUUAAUAUAAAGUUGUUUGACAACAUGAAAUUGGCUAAAAGUUCUCGAAUAGUUUCACACAUCAUCUCAGUCUAAAAGAAAAGGAAGACAGCUUGUUAAAAAAAGUAAUGGGAUGUGUGCAAAGUGGAAACUAAUGCUGAGCAAGAACAGUCUCUAAAGCGACGAGACAAACCUGGACUUUUGUGGAGGUUUGUAUCUUGUUUUAUUUAACAUAAAACCAAGAGCGCUUCAGAAUAAAUAUGACCGUACAAAUCAUCGAACAUGGUGGUGAUAGUGUGACGGACUGGGGCUGCUUCCGGACCAAUAUGGCUACCUUUAAUGAAUUUCUGAUACUGGAUAAAUCCGGAAGGAGAAAAUACCCAACCAACAGUUUGUGAUCUGUUCACAGGCCUUUCUGUUUCACAGCCGAAAAACUUUCCCCAAACUUCACCAGAAACUUCACCUUUAAUGUCUCAAAACAAUAAAGGUUUUUGAGGGGUCUAGUCAGUCUAGACUUAAAGGUACAUAGUCACAAUAAUAGAUUAUUUUUUUUAUUAUUACCAUUAACUCAAUCUGGUUGCACAUAGCCUUUUUAAGACAAAUUAUAACCUUUUAUUGGCGUUGUAUUUGGGUUUUUAAUGUCCUUUAAGCUUUAUUUUAGUCAGUUUGAUGGUAAAAUAAAGCCAUUCUGUGUAUAUUUACAAUAACAACAUCAUGUGACUUGGAUUACAUUUCUGCACAUGAGUAUAUUUGGUCAAUAAGCCGAAGCAAUGGAGCGAUUGUGGAACUACCAGUGUAGUUGUGAAAAAAGUGAAAAGUCCAAGAUUAAGUGUAUAAAGGCACACGAUGACUGGAGUUGCACCGAGAAAACGGUCUGACUGUUCAGGAAGCUUUCCGAUAUCAAAGUUAAUCGACACGUGAGAACAUUUCCUAGCUAACAGUGCUACUGGUGUUACAUUAGCAAUGUUUUUAAGCCGUCAGACGUGUUGGGUUUCAGCAAAGAUUUACAUCACUGUUGGAACUUAUUUAGUAGGCACUUUCUUGGCCACCAUCUGGUUUUCUGGUAGUUCUGCUGUACUGCCAGUAGAUGGCGCCAUAUUUGUUUAUGUCAGCUCAUUAUGCUCAGUGCUGAGGUUCUGUUUAGGCUGAAAAAGGACAGUCUAACACCAUUAGGACAGAUGCUUGGAGUAUAUAGUCUUAUUUUAUCAGAAUCAAAAGGACUUCAGUAUUUUUGGUAUAGGAGUAUAACAUGACUAUGUAUCUUUAAAUACAAUUGACAUUCUGAAACAUGACUUAAAGCCAUUUUCAGCUCAAAAACCUUCAAAAAUACAAAUAUGCAGGGUGGCCCUUUUUUCUAAAUACAAAUGUCUGCCUGGAAUUUAUCACAAAAAGCUUGUUGGAUGUUACUAUUUUUAGUUAAGAAUCACCAAAUCAAAAGGAUGGGAUAAUUUAGUAUUCAGGGGGCAAUUACUUUUAACUUAGGACCUGGUUAGUUUGGACAGCUUUUUUUCACCAUCUUUCUUACUUAACUUAUCUUGGACCGAUAAUAAAUUUUGUAUGGCCUUUAAAUGUGAUUAAAAAAAUAGGAAAUCUUUAAAUUUAUCUACAUUUCCCUGUGACUUUAAACACUGUUUUUUAGUUCUUUAAUUAAAGCUUAAAUCUCUAUUGGCCUAAUUUGGUGAAAAAACAAAACACUUUUAAUGUGUUCCCAUAAUAUGACUUAAAGAAGGCCGGCCAUCUGUAUACCUCUGUUUAAAUGGCUUUACUAAUUUAAAUGGUAACAAAAUGAAACUCUACUGCGAGUAGAAAAUCUUUAAAAUGUGUCAAAUGCUGCCUGCUUAAAAGCUGUGUGCACUUAUUGUAGCAUUUUUAUACUUCUAACACAAACAUAAUGUAGUCUAACUCAUAGCUGUGCUGUGGCUUCUUCACCAUUGGAGGUGGUUUCUGUUGGCUCUUAGUGUGAAUGAGAGGCAUCUCUUUACUUGUAGGGUAAAACGUGUUGUCGCCAGUUUCCCUGCAUGUUGGUGGUGCUGACUUGCCAGUCAAUCAAAUCCUUCAAAUAGAAAUGUGAAGCAUCACAUUAUGCAGAAAAAAACAAAAAUAGAUUUACUUUUAAUAAUGUUUUGUACAGAAAUGUUGGAUUGACAUGGAUAAGGAAAAGAUUUUUGGCCAGACUUCACCAUCAGCUGCAUUGUAUAUCUCCUACACAGCUUUCACUCUGCCCUCUUUAUAUGUACCACAUGUAAUCUUCACUACUGUACAGGCUUCUUUCUGACUCUACUGGGUAGAAUUGUAUAAUGGGCAUUCAGAUGAUUAUAUAUUUUUGUAUGUAUUUCUAAAAUCCACCUAAUUAUUAAAAAAAGAUAUACUGUAUUUAGUGCUUCUUGGUAAAAGUACGUUUAACUCUAUUUGAUGUCAUUUAUGUCUCUUUGAGUAAUGCUAAUGUAGAUUGUUAAAGAGUUUUUUUCCGAGGCUAAAUAUCCACCAGCAGAGAGCUUUUAAAAAAAAAGAUUUGGGAUGAAACUUAGAACAAUGAAUAGGAGCAGUUGUUGGUUUAGGGUGCAUUUCCACUGCAGGAAACUUUUCCAGUAACUGAUGUUGUUUAGCCUUUUUUUUUCCUGCGACUAGGGCCAAAUUAGAUUUCACUACAAAACAGAUUUAAAAAUCAGUAUAUCACUUCUUAAAGUAGGUGUUUUUGCUUUUAUUUGAGUGGGCAAUUAGGAUGAUACUCCAAUGGAAUAAGUAUUUUUACUCUAAACCAAGAUAAGUAGACAUUAGGUGUGUUCAGAUCCAGCAGCUGUAGCCAAUUACAUCAUAGCACGGCGCCAUGGCCAGUUUGGAUUCAAAGACUCCUCUUUAUUCGGCCAACAAACGCAGCCUUUUUUCCCCUUUUGAAGGACAAGUCCAGUGUAUCCUCUGUAACCUUAGGUAUCCCAUGAUUCCUUGGGAGCCUAAGGAAACUGGCUCUGUGCUUAGAGAAAAAAGGGAAAUGGCGAUGAACAUAGCUGAACUCUUCCCGCUUGCUUAUUUUCACGGCCUUCAAAGAACGAAGAAUGAAGGCCGGGUCUUUUGAGGGCCGCAGCCACGGGAUCCAAACACACCCAUUGAAAUAAGAUAAUAGGGUUGCUUUUUUUCUUUUUCUAAAUGUAAAAAAAAAAUCCAUUAGCAAAUAGUUAAUAUUAUAUACCUGCUAAAUAUAAAGGGAAAUACUCUAAUGUCAGAAACAAUUGACUGACUUAGAUUUUAGUUUUGAACAGGGUAUCAAUUAGAUGUUUAUCUCUUCACUGUAAACAUUGUUCAUUUAACCAAGUUUUAAAUGGAAUUUAUCUUGUUCCGUUAGUAAAUUGGUUCCCUUACCUGCUCAAAACAAUGAAACAUACACUUAUUUCAAUAAAAAUGGAUUUAGUAAUAGUUCUUUUUUUUCCCAGUGUAUCCAAAAAAAAAAACUUUUUUAGAUUGAGAUACCAAGCGAGAGCAAAUUAUGUUAGAUUAAAAAUCUUUUUUUUUAGAAGAUUAUACUCGAAAUAAGUGCAAUAAUCUGACAGUGCAGCGAGACUUCUGGAAAUCAUGUUAAUAUUAUCAAAACAAGAAGUCUUUAUAAGGGUAAUUGUCUUAAUGCAUUAGCAGAAAUUAUUGCACUUAUAUUGAGUAGAAUCUUUUAAAAUAAAGAUUGAUAAUCUAACAGAACUUCUCGCUUUGUAUCUCAAUCUCAAAAGAAGGUGAAAAAAACGUUUUUGCUAGAUAUAAAAUAGUAAUAGUUGGUUAGAUAAACAGUUUUUGCAGUGUGGGACACAGCUUCAUAGUUUAACUUUUGGUAUUAGCUUUAUAUAAGCUAUAGAGUGAUUCUAUGUAAGCUGUAAAGGAUGAUCACUGUGACAAAAUCAUCAGUUGUAGUAUUUUUUACUGAAAACUUUUGGUUCUUAAUUUCGGUAGGUGAACUUGUUUCCUCUCCCCUUAAACGCAGUCUAAUUCAAAAUGCCUUUUAGUUACAUAUGUCCCCACAUUUUCAUUCAAAGUUACUGCAAUGGCUAUGAAGUAAUCUGAUCUCUCAUUAAAGUGAACAAAAGUCUGUGUGCCAAGAAGACGCCACACUAAUGUAGGACCCUCUCGGCAUCAGUGGGCAUCCUGGUUUUGUCCCACAGUGGAAAUGCACACAAUAAACUGCCAACAUCAAAUAGAAUCAUAUUCAGUAAAAAAGAAAAAAAAAAAGGGAUAUGUAAAAGUUUGGAAAUAAGCUCUUUGAAUCUGUAUCUCUGAUGUAUGAUGAGCUUCAUUCCACCACAUAACACAUCUCAGCUCCAGUCAUUUUCUAACUCCAAUUUUUUUCUUCGGGUGUGUGUUUGGGGGGCAUGGGGUGUUGUAUGGGACUGAAGGACAUUUUUACUUUCAGGACGUUCUGUUUGGACUGAAAAGUCAGAUUUCCAGAGUUCUGUUUUGGAAACAGGACAAGCACGCCCCCUUGAUGUGGAGCUGCGAAUUUGUCAAGAAACCUAUAGCUUCAGUAUCUUAACCAGCUGCCCCUCAUGUAAGACGCUGUGAAAUCUGCUAGUACUAUUUGUUGUAUCUUAUUAACCAAGUGGCACAUAUGGUGCUGUGAAAAUAGCUUUUAGAGAAGGUGUUGCUUUUACUCUCUAAAUGCAUAAAAUGGGGAGAAAUCCAUUGUUCUAGUCUUGUAUUGCUAGCACCCCUACAGUGUGACAUCAUUCCCAUAUCUAAGCUCUGACUUGUUAGACAAACAGAACGCAGCAUUAGUCUUACUUUAUUUAGUUGUUGUUUCUUGUCUCAAACUGAUGCUACUUAACGAAAUGCACUAACAAAAUCACGCAUAAUCGCACUUUGUAAACAGUUGUUAAAUACUGUUGAUUAAAGGCAUGGCUUUAAAACGAAGAAUCUGAAACACUGGUUUCCCGUGAACAUUCACUGACUUGUAGCUGAAAGGUGUUUGAGGUUUGGAGAAUUACAAAGAACAUCAAAACACUUUAGUUUUAGCUUCCUGGUUAAAAUAAUGAAGAAAUAACGGCUCCAACACAGCAUUUUCAAGACGACAAUUUGGUAUAUUAUGAAAGGAAAAAAAUAUUUAUCUUUUUAUUCCUUUGAAGAAAAGGAAUAAAAGAAAUUGUUCUGCUUUGUGCUUCUGCUCCCCCAAGUAUGUUUCAUGUUGGCAAAUGGUUAGUAAAGAUCUUUAUUUCAUUGUGGAUUUCAGCAAAAUUACAAUGCAUAAUAAACUAUGCUACACAGUUGAUAAUAUGUUACAAUAAAUAAAUGGGUUUUGCUGGAACAGUAGUAGAAAUAGAGUUUGGUUUAUUACUAAUUUCUACCUACUGUUGAGGUUUUGCUCGAACUCUUAUCAUUUGUGCUAAGCUGUUGCCAAAGCAGUUACUGCAUUAUGAGGAGUAUUGCUGUACUGUUGUGUUAUUGGGAAGUGGGAAGAAAUGUAUCAUGAGCAUAACUACAGUAACAAGUGAAUGUAUAACCUAUUCUUGGUGCAAAUGUGUUACACAGAUUAUCUUAAGCCCUUUGCCUUAUUUUUACACUGCCUAUCUAAUGGUGUAUUUCAGGAAGACCCUUUUUCAGGUGGUUAUUUCUGGCUGAUGAGUGUCUACUAAUAAA